AGGACCUUGCCGGGGGGUGGGAUCCUGUCCUCAGCAGCGGGUGGCUUGUCGUCCCGCUAAGUCUCUGGAGGUGAUGGCGCCGCAGUUGUGGAGCCUGCUGACCAUACUGCUGGCGAUUGCCACCGCCUCCCAGGGCGAGGGCGAGUCCGAGACGGGAUGGGACCUGGCGGCGCCUGAUCUGCUCUUCGCCGAGGGGACCGCGGCCUACGCGCGCGGGGACUGGGCCGGGGUCGUCCUGAGCAUGGAGCGGGCGCUGCGUUCACGGGCCGCCCUGCGCGCCCUCCGCCUGCGCUGUCGCACCCAAUGUGCAGCCGACUUGCCGUGGGAAUUGGACUCCGGCUCCUCCGCGAGUCUGGCCCAGGCUCCGGGCGCCGCCGCCCUGCAUGACCUGCGCUUCUUUGGGGGCCUGCUUCGUCGCGCCGCCUGCCUGCGCCGCUGCCUUGGGCCGCCGGCCGCUCACUCACUCAGCGAGGAGCUGGAGUUAGAGUUCCGCAAGCGGAGCCCCUACAACUACCUGCAGGUCGCCUACUUCAAGAUAAACAAGCUGGAGAAAGCUGUAUCGGCAGCACACACCUUCUUUGUGGGCAAUCCUGAGCAUGUGGAGAUGCGGCAGAACCUGGACUACUACCAAACCAUGUCUGGAGUGAAGGAGGAUGACUUCAAGGAUCUUGAGGCCAAACCCCAUAUGCAUGAGUUUCGGCUGGGAGUGCGACUCUACUCAGAGGAACAGCCACAGGAAGCCGUGCCCCAUCUAGAGGCAGCACUGCAAGAGUACUUUGUGGCAGACCAGGAGUGUCGAGCCCUUUGUGAAGGGCCCUAUGACUAUGAUGGCUACAACUACCUAGAAUACAACGCUGACCUCUUCCAGGCCAUCACAGAUCAUUAUGUACAAGUCCUCAGCUGUAAGCAGAACUGUGUCACCGAGCUGGCUUCCCACCCAAGUCGAGAAAAGCCCUUUGAAGACUUCCUCCCAUCACAUUAUAAUUAUUUGCAGUUUGCCUAUUAUAACAUUGGGAAUUAUACACAGGCUAUCGAAUGUGCCAAGACCUAUCUCCUCUUUUUCCCCAAUGAUGAGGUGAUGAGCCAGAAUCUGGCCUACUAUACAGCUAUGCUUGGAGAAGAGCAGGCCAGCUCCAUCAGCCCACGCCAGAGUGCCCAGGAGUACCGACAGCGCAGCCUGCUAGAGAAAGAGCUGCUUUUCUUCGCUUAUGAUGUGUUUGGAAUUCCCUUUGUGGAUCCGGAUUCAUGGACUCCAGAAGAGGUUAUUCCCAAGAGACUACAAGAGAAACAGAAGUCAGAACGGGAAACCGCCGUCCGCAUCUCCCAGGAGAUCGGCAACCUUAUGAAGGAGAUUGAGACUCUUGUGGAAGAGAAGACCAAGGAAUCUUUGGAUGUGAGCAGGCUCACCCGGGAAGGAGGUCCCCUGCUAUAUGAAGGCAUCAGUCUCACCAUGAACUCCAAACUCUUGAAUGGUUCCCAGCGAGUGGUGAUGGAUGGCAUGAUCUCUGAUGAUGAGUGUCGGGAGCUGCAGAGACUGACCAAUGCAGCAGCAACUUCAGGAGAUGGCUACCGAGGUCAGACCUCCCCACACACCCCCAGUGAAAAGUUCUAUGGAGUCACUGUCUUCAAAGCCCUCAAGCUGGGGCAGGAAGGGAAAGUUCCUCUACAGAGUGCCCACCUGUACUACAAUGUGACGGAGAAGGUGCGGCGUGUCAUGGAGUCCUACUUUCGCCUGGACACCCCUCUCUACUUCUCCUACUCCCACCUGGUGUGCCGCACUGCAAUUGAAGAAGCACAAGCUGAGAGGAAGGACAGCAGCCAUCCAGUCCACGUGGACAACUGCAUCCUGAACGCUGAGACUCUUAUGUGCAUCAAGGAGCCCCCUGCCUACACCUUCCGGGAUUACAGUGCCAUCCUUUACCUAAAUGGGGACUUUGAUGGAGGAAACUUCUAUUUUACAGAACUGGAUGCCAAGACUGUGACGGCAGAGGUGCAGCCCCAGUGUGGAAGGGCUGUGGGAUUUUCUUCAGGCACCGAAAACCCGCAUGGAGUGAAGGCUGUCACCAGGGGGCAACGCUGUGCCAUUGCCCUGUGGUUCACCUUAGACCCUCGACAUAGUGAGCGUGACAGGGUGCAGGCAGAUGACCUGGUGAAGAUGCUCUUCAGCCCAGAGGAGAUGGACCUGCCCCAGGAGCAGCCCCUGAAUGCACAGCAGGACCCCUCCCAACCUGGAGAAGAGUCUCCCCCAGGCAGUGAGUCGAAGCUCAGGGAUGAGCUAUGACAGCACUCUGCUCACAUGUGCCUGGGUGAUUGGACUCAUAGGGAGGAACUCUGUCCUAUACCCCGGACUGGCUGCUCCUCAGGGUGACAGAGCAGUGGAACUUAGGUUGCUGCUCAGCUGAGGGGACUCAGUUCACAGCCUUCUGUGUGGUGCUACUGCUCUUGGAGUGGAUGUGGCAGGAUGCCACUCCCCUCUGGGACUGACUGAAGGCUCAGGACACAGAGCUACCCCAGGGCCUGCAUGGGCAGCUGCAUGACAGCAAUACAGUAUUUAAGUGUCUGUGUGGUCAACCAAAGAAUAAAUGAUUUGUGUUUUUUUGUUUGGUGGUUUGUUCAGAGAGUGGAAAUAUGUCCAUUCUGCUGCAGAGACCUCACCUGGUGGAAACUGCUCUGGGAAAGAUGCAGUGACCAGUGGGGGGCAGGAAAGCCUGGCUCGAGACACAGCCCGGCCACUUCCUGUGAAGCCUCAGGCCACACUUAACCAGGGGCCUUGGGGUCCUGUCCAGAUGUGGAGGAUCCUAGUUCUCAUCCUGCCCAUCUUCUGGGACAGCUGUGUGGCCCAGAUGCUCUAUCGGGUGUGACGACACUUUGUAAACUGUAAAGCUCUGGAUGAAUGGUUGGGAUUAUUCCUAAUCCUCUUCUGGCAGGGAAUGGCGGUCAGCAGUGUGCUGGCAGACUGCCCCCAUGGCAGCCACAUGCAUCCUGUUGUGCUGGCUGGCCGCAGAGCCCUGUACCUCCGGGCCUCCAUGUGCAGGAUAGCUCUUGCGAUACACUGACCAUGGAACUGGAUAUGCAGAUCCUCUGGCCUCAUCCCUGGCACCAAGCCCAUCACCUUCACUGUGCCUGAGAUGCACUUGGACAGGGAACCUGCACUCAUUUAGACAAUCAACCAAAUUUAUUUCUUGAGACCAGCUGUGUAAGAUUAUGGUAGGGAAAAAAAUAAGCCCUUGCCCUCCCUUAUGGAGCUUAUAUUUUGUAGAGGAGACAGAUAAUAAAUGUGUAAAUAUGUG